GCCGCACCUGGCAGCUCCAGGCUCCCUCCCUGGACGCCGCGCCGAGCGCCGGGAGCCGCGGCGGGAGCGGGAGCGGGAGCCCCCCGGGAGGAGCGGCGCGGGAGCCGGUACCCACCGCGACAGGGGCGGCGACGGCGGCCUGAGCGACCUCGGGAGGCGAGUGGAGCCGCAAUGGCCGAGUUCCCGUCUAAAGUGAGCACGCGGACCAGCAGCCCAGCCCAGGGCGCCGGCGCCUCCGUCUCCUCGCUGCGCCCAAAUGUAUGUGUCUUGCAGAGGGAGCGUUAUGGCAAAGGCCUCUGGUCUGUGGCCCUCAACUUGACUGAUGCUGGGGGCUCUGUCUCACCCCUCCAGGUACUGGGGCUGCUGGUAUGGGCCCUGAUUGCCGACACCCCGUACCACCUGUACCCAGCCUAUGGCUGGGUAAUGUUCGUCGCUGUCUUCCUCUGGCUGGUGACAAUCGUCGUCUUUGUCAUCUACCUGUUUCAGCUGCACAUGAAGUUGUACAUGGUGCCCUGGCCGCUGGUGUUGAUGAUAUUCAACGUGGGAGCCACCGUUCUCUACAUCACAGCCUUCAUCACCUGCUCUGCUGCGGUUGAGCCGACGUCUCUGAAGGGCACCAGGCCGUACAACCAGCGUGCAGCUGCCUCCUUUUUUUCGUGUUUAGUGAUGAUUGCCUAUGGAGUGAGUGCUUUCUUCAGCUUCCAGGCCUGGCGAGGAGUGGGCAGCAAUGCAGCCACCAGUCAGAUGGCUGGUGGCUACUCCUAAAUGCCCGUGCCACGGCCUGCCUUGGGGCUGAAGGCUGCAGCUGGGUCACGGUGCAGGGUGGCCCCGCAAGCCCGAGGCCUGAGCCCGUGGAGUCAGCUCAGAAGGGACGACACUUGCUCUUCUGACCAUCAGACGCAGGCCCAGCCGGCACUCCUGAGGAAUCCGGACCUUCCUCUGACUGGCCCAAGUCGGCACGCACAUGGGCUGGAGACAGGCCAGCGGCCGAGACUCCUUCCCACCCACGUUGUUCAGCAGCAGGUGACGGGGGAGGGAGGGGCUCCCUGCCUCUGCUUUGUCUUUAGAGGACUUCAAUGACCAAGGCUGGGCCCAGCCUUCUCACCAGCACUAAAUACACUAACAAGGACAGGACUCCAGACCUGCAGCCCCUGCCCCACCACAGAAUAAGCCUAACAAGCAGCAUGAUUUUUUCUUUAUUGUGGUCUUGGUUCCGGAGUGCCGAGUGGGCUUAUGAAAGCAUUCUGAUCCCUUAAAACACUAUUCCGACCUGACCCUCCCCCAAGCCAACAUGUGGCUUGUAGGGAGACAUUUCUGAUGGCACGGUCUCCUUUCCUGCGUAUCAAACACACCGGUUGUCCAAAGCAAACUGGUUUUAAGUGACUUCUCAGUGAUGAAAUCCCAUCGGGGCUUCCCUCGCUUUCCCAAGCUCGUGUUUGUAAUCGUCCCCUGGGAAAAGCUAACGCCGGUACCAACUGCUUUCUGACACUGUUGAUUAGGCACAUGGGACAUGGAGGAGGGAGAAUCAAGACCUUGCCUGGUGAGUUGUCCUGUGCUUGGUGGUGACUUUGUUGUUGUUUUUUUACACAAAUAAAGAUGGAAGAACUUAUUUGAAAAGGUGCUGGAGAGUUGUGGUUGUGGAUGGUUAUAAACGCCAGGAAGCUGCAGGGUACAACAGGACAAAGGUUCCAAAUGCCCACGAUAGUGCAAUUCCUGUUCUGGAGUCACUCAGCACCACCAGCCACUUCUGUGAUCCGAGGUAGGCCCACGAACUUCCUGCCUGCUUCGCCUGGCACAGGCUCAGUUUACGUUGUUUUUGUCCUGGCAUAAAUUUAAUAGCAUCUCUUUUUAUUCUCAAAAGGGUCCCAGCUUAACAAUAAAGCAUUUAGCAUCCUAGCUUUAGGCAGGUGAAGUCAUCUUGUUGAACUUAAGAUUGAUAUGUCACCUGCCUUUAAAUAAAGUUGGAAGUUCGGAGAUCAUAUAAUCAUAGUGAGUGGCCAUGCUUGAUACAUGGAGCUGGUAGAGAUGGUAGGGGUGAGGGUCCUUUUAAAACUUAUUUUUCUACCACUAGAGAAAUAUGCUCUGAAUAAUAAGCCAAAGGCAUUUCUGGGUACCCCUUGGUCCUUUUUUGAAAACUGGGAACAAUUAAAAUGUAACUCGAUUCAAACUGUUGUGGAUGAGCUACCCCAUUACCAAGGGAUGGGGAUUAAGUCGGAUACCCAUGCCCAGUUAGCCUGGGACAGGCCCAGCCUAUGCCUGUUAUCCUGGCAUAAGUGUUAACAGAAUUCCUUUUUAUUCUCAAGUAUCUCAGUUUGAAUAGUAAAUUAGUCAUUCCAGGAUUAAGCCAUCGGAGUGUUUAGUUUUAAGGAUCAACCCAUUUUCUUUUGAAGUUUAGAAAAAAAACCAAAGGGCUAGGUAAGUCCUAGAGGUUUCCGACACCCUGAUACAGAGCCUGCUUCAGCAGAGCCGUUAACAAGCUUAGUCAAACCACCACCUUCGGUUCUGGCCAGUGCCUCUCCCACCCAACCCUCAGGCCCUGCAGCCUGGGUGAAUAUCAUGUUCCAUGGGCGAGAAGAGCUUGGCAAUAAGAGAAUGCAACUGUCUCCUGAGGCUGGGCAAGCCGGGCCUGAGCCCCAGGUAGCACGUGAUGACAUAAGUUCCAGUGUGGAUGGAGGGACAGAUUUCUAGUUUGUUUUAAAAGAAAUUGGAAGGCUUAAUCUAAUAAUAUUAAACCACAACAAGCUUGCCUGUUUCCUCCUCUGAGUGGAAAAGGAUGAAAAGAAUUGUUUGCCUUCUCAUUCUUUUUUCAUAAUUUCAUUUCUGGACUUGUCCACCUGACCUUUCUCAACCUGGUGGACCAACCAAUGAGUCUUCAUCGAGUGCUUCCGAUAUGCCCGGCCUGAACUGGGCAGUCCCACUGAUAAAAAGAAUAAGGGGAGAAAGCAAGCCCAGGAGAAGGAGCAUUUCAAAAGGCUGACUCUGAGAGCCUUCGGCUUGAAAGACCAAAGCAGUACUAACGCGAUGGCGGCGGCUGUAGCAAAGAUGACUUGUUUAGAGUCAUGAUUUUUACAAAACACCUCAAAUUUUACUCGUAAUACAAAAAGUGUUUAAUGAGCGCCACAUCAGUACAGAAAUCACAGCCUAUACAGCUCUUUACAAUCAGAAUAGCCAAUGAAAAAUGAGUAGAUUCUUCACUUAAAAAAAAAAAA